UUUAGUAUCGUAGCAUGCCUUGUCUAUAGUGUUCAAGGUCUGCCUCGAUUUCAUUUUCAACUUUGUUGACGAAAUCCUGUAAAGAUGUCAGAAAACUUUAAAUUUAGUGAUGUUUUUAACAGCCGGACGUCGGGACGCGCUAAUGUAGCCAAGGCUACCUAUGUGUCCAUGGGUGCGAUCUACGUCCUGAUGAAGAUGCAAAAGAAUAAAGCAAAGCGCCUUGAUGCCAAGAACUACUGCAAGGGAUGCCAGCAGCUGAUGCCGCCAAGCUAAGAGGUGUAAUAGGGAUCAUCU